AUGGGCAGAGGUGUUAGACAAGGAGAUCCUCUAGCUCCCUUUCUUUUCAUUCUGGCAUCCGAGGGUCUUAAUGUCAUUAUGAGGGAAGCGCAGCGGAAGCAUCUUUUUAAAGGUGUUAAGUGGGCGAACCAAGCGGAAGAGGUGUCAAUUCUGCAAUAUGCGGAUGACGCCAUUUUCAUAGGAGAGUGGGCUGCCGAUAACGCAAAAAAUUUGCUUAGAAUCCUUAAAUGCUUUGAGGUUUGUUCGGGCCUCAAAAUCAACCUGAGUAAAAGCCGUCUCACUGGUGUUGCGGUAAGCAAGGAAGAGAUCUCUAGAAUGGCCUGUUGGCUUAAGUGUAAGGAGGAUGCGAUCCCAUUUCAUUACUUGGGUCUCCCAGUUGGAGGAAACAGAUUGGCUCUUGAUCCGAACCCUAGCAAGGCCAAUAUUCACUUAUGGAGAACGCUCAAUAAUAGGUUAGCGACUAGGGAUGAUCUCAUGAAGCGAGGAGUGGCAUGCAGCUCCGAUGAGUGCCCGACGUGCUUGGUCACGAUGGAAAACUUGAAUGAUGUCUUCGUGAAUUGCUCCACGGCCCAGGUUAUCAAUGCACAUAUGGUUUUCUUGGGUAAACUGGUGGCCGGUAAAUGCGACUUCGGUUCGGGACAUGUGGUCGGUGGUCCGCGCGAUUGGAGUUAG